CCGAACCAAUUUCAGUGGUUUUUGAGUGUUAAUCAUUUUCGCUGAGUCAUUGACGUUUUUGCUGCGUCAUGCUCAUGACUAUGACUUCUACCAUCAUGCUUUAUUGUUUCCUCCACUUAGUACCUACGUCAGCACCCAUUUCAGUGGCUUUUGAGUAUUAAUCUUUUUUUCGCUGAGUCAUUGUCAUUUUUGCCGAGUCAUGCUCAUGACUAUGACUUCUACCAGACUCCUUUAGUGUUUCUUUAACUUUGUACCCAUGUCUGAACCCAGUUCAGUAGUUUCUGAGUUUUAAUAUUUUUCGCUGGGUCAUUGUCAUGACCUACAUGACACGCACGUCGUGACAGUUAUGUCAUGGCCUAUCACUUAUGUUAGUCAUACACUCAUGUCAUAUUAUAUCAAAUUUGGUGCCUACCAAGUUGACGAAACGACCAUGAGGGCACCAAGAUGUAGGCGGCUGUUUCAUCACCUAAAUGACAAGCAUAUCAUGACAUUCACGUUAUGACAUAUCAUUUAUGUUCGUCAUAUACGGUUAUCAUAGUAUGCCAAUUUUGGUACAUACCAAGUUAACGAAAUGACCAUAAGAGCACAAAGUCAUAGGCGACUAGAUAGAUAGAUAGAUAGUGUCAAAGUAGCAAAUGUUCGCAUUUAAAAUAAUAAAGCGUCUGUAACUGGUUGCACACGCUAUAUAAAAUGUAAUGGUUCUGUCUAAUGCUCACUGCGCUGACCUUCUAAUUAGUUAUGUGGCUGAGUGUCUUCUGUCAGUGUAGGCGGGGCUAUUCUCUAAGAGCUGUCGUUUGUGUGAUGUUCCGACGAGCGAGAAGGAGACUGGCUGGAGGUAUCUGUCUCAUCCUCACUCGUGCAUAUCCAGCCAGUCAAAAGCGCCAAACAUGGACAGUCCACUAGGUGGACUCUUACAGUCACGCGAGCGUUGUGAGACGCCUGGCAGGCCGCUGUUCCAUCUGCCCAACCGGAGCGUCCUUGUGUGUGCCUCGCAAGGCGGGUAAACUACUAAAUGUAUUCUUGUUCUUUUAUAAAGACGUCUGCCUUCUUAGUUUAAAUACGGUAUUCGUAUAUUUGCUUUCUUCUUUCACUGAUAUCAGUUUACAUGUGGAAGCUUCAUUGACGAAGUGCAGUAUACUCUCUGACGAUAAGAAAUCAGCCGUUUUCUCAUUGUUUCUCUGCUGCUAAGCCAUUGCGAAUAGCGGGACGGCGGCAUGUGACAAUGGAACAAGUCGGAGGUCUAUGCAGCUGUUGUUGCGCAAUAAACGGUAGAUAUAUGGAAGGCUGUCGCCGACGAUAAUGAAGCACUUGUUCCUCCCCGCAUUGCAAAGGUCUAACUGUGGGAAGUUCUCGGCAUUGUACGCGAUAGUGGGUACAGUGAUCAUUUUAUCGCUCCUAGUUGCUACGUCAGUCAAAGUGUAUGAGACCACUCAGUAGGAAUACGCUCGGUGAAAAAAGCCAUCGCGCUAUUAUGCGAGCGUAGAAUUCGUGCCUGAAGACACCGCCAUGCCGGGUCAUGGACAAGGACGGGUGCACCGUUUUCGCGACCACGUCGUGGCCGGCGUCAACUGGCGACCGACGCGGUUCGUCAACGAGGUGCCGAAUUCACGCGUAUGCGGCCUCUGCCGCAUGAUCCCAAAACGGAUGGUGCUGUUGCCGUGCUCGCACGCUCUGUGCCAAUCUUGCCACGCAGCCAGCUUCGAAGGGGGCGUCGGGCAGUGUCCAUUGGAUCAAGUGCAAUUCGAAGAACCGGAGUGCUUCGGUUAUGAUUUCCCUAUCAGGACAGCGAACAGCUUGAAGGUUUACUGCUGGAACGAAGAACACGGCUGCGAGUUCACGGGCACCAUGGAAGCUCUGUUGCGGCACUACGAGAUGGAAUGCACAUUCCACACCGUGGAAUGCUUAAGGUGCGGCGAGCGAGUCCUGCACCAAGACCUGCCAAUGCACCACGUGACCGCAUGCAGUGGCGACGCUUCUUCCGCGGUCACCGAGAACUCGCCCUCGGAACCUGCAGCACUGACACUUCAGGACUUGAGCAGCGCCCAGGAAGAUUUGAAGGCGCUUUUGAAGGACCUGUUUCAUGACAAUCUGCUGCCAGCUGUUCAGAGUCAGAUGAACGAGCUCACCGAACACGCUAGGAGCCAGGAAGCCAGACUGGCUCGUAUCACUAGCGAGCUCAGGGCUUCUGAGCACAAGUUAAAGGUCGAGAUGGUUGAUAUCGAGCGCUCCAUCAUCUCGGAAGUGUCACGCCUGCGAAAUUCGGCGCCGGAAACUAGCGCGUCUUCCUCCCUACCAUCACGCUCCGAGAAGGCGCUGAUGCUUCGCAAGUUGGAGCACGUCGCCAACCUGUCGCUCAGCGCCCUAGGCCAUUUGCGGCAAUACGCACCCCACCAGGGUCGUAGCCCAGUCAUUGCUUAUUGCCAUUCUGUCCUCGCUUCAGGCAACGAAGAUCUGCGCUUGACCAGUGCAUUGUCCACUUCACUUUGGUUAAGCGAGGCACUUAAGAACAUGAGGUACGUCCUGACCAUAGAAAACGCCGAGCAAAUUUUUAAGUGCGAGGAGAAGAAGAGAACGUUUGCCGAGUUGACUUUGUUCCACACGAGGGACACGUAUUUCACAAUCGCCGUCACUAACCGUACAUACAACGGAUCCUCCUGUCUCGCGCUGGAGAUUCAGUUCAACGGGCUGCUGGAGGAGUCUCGGUUUGUGCCUCUUAACUUGAACUUGAACGUGCAGGUGUUGGCGGCGAACGCGACGGAGGGUCGUUACAUGCAUUCCUUUGUCAGACGGUGUUUCUGCGCGAGCAAUCUAGACUCGCUGAAACAUAUUCACCGCGUGUUCUGGAUGGCGUCAGACCCUCUCGUAAACGAUGGCUAUCUUCGAGACGGAAAGAUGACAUUCGACAUUGAGCUAGAAGAGAUGAAGGACGCGAGAGGAGAGCACGAAGCGCUCUUUGCUGCUCUGCGUGGUUGGCAGCAAAGAGUGCUUAACGCCGCUUGACGCGUUUGGGAUCUCAGGUUUCGGAAGUAUCUAACACUGUUGGUUUUUUUCGGAGGUGAUGAAAUUUAUCGUGUGCUUCAUAUACACUUUUAUUUAGUUGCGUCUUCAUUUGUUUCAAAUUAUGUAUUUUUUGUGGUUAUCUGCUCGGUUACAUUCUUAUUAUGCUAAUACGCGUGCUCCCGACCUGCAGAUGUCAAAUAAACAGUUUUAGCAGAGCUCCGCUUAUGCUGCACUCCGCUCAGAUUUCACGCUCUGAGAUACUGCAGGAAACUGCGUAGAUUUCGCAUUUGAUAAGCGCGUCUUGCCUAAAGCCCCUAUAUAUAAAAAGUAGCGCCAUCCACUACCCUCCUCCUCCGUUCCACUAUCGCGCUCGGAGGCGCGAUAUCGACAGUGGCGCCGCCUGUGUCGGGCCUGCCGUGGCAGACGACAGCUAACGCGCUACCAGAGGAAAUCCGAGGAAAACUUCGAUCGCGCCCUGCGGAGAAGUUUAUGAGGCGCGAUUUUGCUCCGUCAGUCAGUAACUGGUCUUAAUAAUGCCGUUUUGGAAGUAGCAACGGGACGAUGCGAGACGGCGCAAAUAUCAUAGUGUGCAGCAAGCGUUUGCGCACGCCGGAUGAAAAACAAAAAAAGCCUUUUGCUCUCGCCUUGUCGGUUGCGGCAACUUAAGGUGCAGCAGCAUGCCAUCACAACGAAGUUCUUGUCCCUGACACGUUUGAUCCGUUUGUGAGUACAGCACUUUCGUACAGCACAGGCCCGAGAAUGGCAGUCGGAGCGCGCUGGAAAGAAAAAAAAAUAUAUACAAAAGCGCAACGCGUGCUUCCACGUGACACGGAUUGGCCAAUGGGGGAGCGGAGGAGGCUGGGGCGACAGGAGGCGGCAAGGAGGAAACGCCGGGGUGAGUGCGGUGGCGGCAAGAUCUAAGAAUGGCGCCACUUUUUAUAUAUAGGGGCUUUAGUCUUGCCGAGACACGAGCGACGCGCUAUCAACUCGGCUGCAAAACGACGAAGAGGCCAAGUAGACACGCUGUCACGCUCCUCUCCGUCGGCUUUGUAGCGGAGCGAGGGAUGCGGUCUUCGUUCCGCUGCCGGUAUGAGCGUUGUGCGCAAGCGCAAUAGCGUUCCCGCUUAGCGGUUGUGUGGCAUUUGGUAGCAUAUGCCGGUCUGAGCGGGGCACAUAAGCGCAUGGAAGUACCGAUGGCUGGCAGAAUACAAGAGAACGUGGUGGUGCCCCAGUCCUCGCUUGGGCCUGGCGUUGUAAACCUGUCACCGAGGAGCUUGAGGUGUUGCUAGUGAUGUACUUGAUUACAGGCUCUCAGUGUAACGAAGCUUACGCCAAUAAACGAUCACUUUAUUGUAAGCA